CCGCGUCGUAGCGCCCCCGGCCCGAUGGAGGCCCAGCCGUGGGACCCCCUACGCAACGACUCGCUGCCGCCUACGCUGACCCCGGCCGUACCCCCCUACGUGAAGCUCGGCCUCACUAUCGUCUACACCGUGUUCUAUUCGCUGCUCUUCUUGUUCAUCUACGUGCAGCUCUGGCUGGUGCUGCGCUACCGGCACAAGCGGCUCAGCUACCAAAGCGUCUUCCUCUUCCUCUGCCUCUUCUGGGCCUCCCUGCGGACGGUUCUCUUCUCCUUCUACUUCAAAGACUUCGUGGCGGCCAAUGCGUUCAGCCCCUUCGUCUUCUGGCUGCUCUACUGCUUCCCCGUGUGCCUCCAGUUCUUCACCCUCACGCUGAUGAACUUGUAUUUCACGCAGGUGAUUUUUAAAGCCAAGUCAAAAUAUUCUCCAGAAUUACUCAAAUACCGGCAUCUCCAGAUCAAGUCCCAGGUUUUGAAGCAUCUCUAUGAAGAUAAUUUGACGUUUGGGGGCUCCUCUGUGUGUCAGGUGACUGCCGUCGGUGUGACCGUCAUCCUGCUCUACGCCUCCCGAGCCUGCUACAACCUGUUCAUCCUGUCGUUUUCUCAGAGCAAGAAUGUCCAUUCCUUUGAUUACGACUGGUACAAUGUGUCAGACCAGGCAGACUUGAAGAAUCAGCUGGGAGAUGCCGGAUACAUAGUAUUCGGAGUUGUCCUCUUUGUGUGGGAACUCUUACCUACCACCUUAGUAGUCUACUUCUUUCGAGUUAGAAAUUCUGCGAAGGACCUUACCAACCCUGGAAUGGUCCCCAGCCAUGGAUUUGGUCCCAGAUCUUAUUUCUUUGACAACCCUCGAAGAUAUGACAGUGAUGAUGACCUUGCCUGGAACAUUACCCCUCAGGGACUUCAGGGAAGUUUUGCUCCAGACUGCUAUGAUUGGGGACAACAAACUAACAGCUUCCUGGCUCAAGUAGGGACUUUACAACCAGACUCAAUUUUGGAUCCUGACAAACCAAGCCAUGGGUAG